AUGGCAGUAAAGGGGGGCUUCACACGGUGCGGCUUCUACUUGCCCCCCCCCGACCCCCUCUGCUUCCGACGUUGCCUUGCCCCAUUUCGAGUAAGUCGCAUGCGUUUUCGUCCGCUUGCCGCGAUUCCUCUAUGUGGCUCCGUGUCGUCGGGGCUACACUGGACGUCCAAGUACAGUCGAACGGUGGACCCGACAGAGAAGUCGCCGCCGAUCAUCAUGGACGGCACCGCGAUGACUCCAUCUGCGCGCAUGGCGUUCUAUCUCAAGCUGCUCGUUCCACCUGUGCUCAACUCGUCAUCGCUGGGGUUACCUGGCGGCUUGGUCCCGUACAACGUCGCCGAGGAUGUUCAAACGAUGAUCCGCCAAGCUAAAGCCGACGUGACGGCGACGAGCUGGCUCACUACUUUUGUGGCCAAGAUCAACAAGGACGACACGUACGACUGAGCGUCCGAUUCCAAGAGCCCCCCCCCAGCCCUUGCAAUGCGCCCGUGGCGGGCAGUGAAUGAAGAAUUGAGUUCACCUACUGCCUCGUCGUCUCUGGUUUCUAGCUUUGUCAUUGCUGGUCGAACCUCGAUAUGUCAUCCGAUGU